UUCGCCGACGACACACUCUCGUAAGUAUGCACACGCGCUCAUAAUACAAUAUUAUAUUAUAUACGACGGGACACCGUGCUGGAUCGUCAUCCGUUGGUCGUACGCCGUCCGCACGACACGACGGUCGCUCGCACCGUCUAUAUAGGUACGUAUAUACUCAAACCGCAGUGUUCAGGACGAAUUUCCGUCGAACGGCGAAGGAUUUUCCUCGAGCGCGACCUUGAGACGACGACCGCGUCACCGUAACUGUUCUUUAUCGCAUGCACGACAAUAUCCGCAGUGUGACCGAAACCGAGAAACUUUGACAGUGCACGCAGACUGCACGAUAUAUUAUACUGACAUUGCAGUUGCACAUAAUAUUAUUACGAAAUCGGCGGACACAGUCUGCACCGCACCCGAGACACGCGUGCGAGGCCGCACGGAUGACCGAGGACAAGAAUCUCACUCCGUUUUCCAUAGCGGACAUACUGAAAAGCGACGACCGGGUGGCCCGCGAUGGAGACGUGGACGCGGCGGCACCUGCUGCACGUCGCGCCAAGAACUGCACUGACGGAGCUCUGGACAUGACCAACAACAACAAAAUAUGCACCAACAAAAAAGAUGAUCUUAAGUUCCACGAUAUCGAAUACAGGAGAAGAAUCGAACUUUUGGGUAAUGGGGACUUUAUAUUUAAUCGGACUGGGGACCACCGGAGUGCAUUGUCAAGAUUCCUACGGACUCAUAGUGAGAGACCACUGCACAUACAACAACGCAAAAAACGGUCUAGAGCAGCUUUCUCCCACACCCAGGUGUUCGAGUUGGAACGGCGGUUCAACCAGCAGCGUUACCUGUCGGGCCCGGAACGUGCCGACUUGGCCCAUUCGUUGAAGCUGACCGAAACUCAGGUAAAGAUAUGGUUCCAGAACAGGCGGUACAAGACCAAGCGCAAACAGCUGCAAGUGCCGUCCGGUGGCGGCGGAGGUGGUGGAGGUAGUUCGCCCGCUAAACGAGUGGCGGUCAAAGUACUGGUCCGCGACGACGAGUGUCCCAAAGAAGCCGUUCACCAGAUGUCGUCCGAGGCUUAUCACCGUCAGUCGUCCAGACACGCGGCCCAGGGUGCAGUGGCCGUGGCGGCGGCUGCUGCAGCGGCGGCAGCGGCCGCAGCUAGUGGCGACUACCGAAUGCAGCAACUGUUGCAACAGCAACUGCAUCAGCACCGAAGCCACGUGCACCACCAACGCCUCCACCGUGGAGGUGCUGAACACGCUUCGGUCGGUUACUUGCACCACCAGCCCACUUUCGGCACCGGGUUACAUCACUUUCCUCCGGGAGCCGUUGCCGCUUCCGGCGCUGCCCCAUACUACUGUUACGAGUACGGACCGGUAGUGGCAGCGUACCUGCAACACGAACCCGGAAGUCGGGUGUCGUCCACGACUACGACCGAUGAGCUACAGGACACGUCCGAUGCCGGCAGCGAGUGUUCGAUAAACGUCAUCGACGAGUGCCCCACCUCCACGACGGUCUCCGAAUGACGGUCGUCCGUAUGACGAUCGACGAACGAUCCGCUGUGAUCAUCGCGCCGAGGCCGCCCGACAUCAUUUUUUUAGGGUGUGAAAAACAGGCGUGGAUGCAUUUCGGUUUUCCACUGCAGUCACGCUGGGCAACGAAAUUUUCAAAAACAAGAAGACGUAUUUAACUGCAACCAUGCACAACAAUAACUAUCUUCUGCGCGGCUUAGCAGAAUGUGUGACGAGUUACGCUAUUAGUUUUCAUCAAAUCCGAUUUUCGUUUUUUUCGUCCAAUACUUAUCCUUUGAUGUUACAUCGUUAAUGUUGGUUCUAAAGUGUGAUGAAAAACAGAAUCAGAUUUUUUCGUUUUUUUGUCUGUGAUUUUUUUUUUUAAGCCAUUUGAUUCGUUUAUUUCCCAUUUUCAAGUCUCUUAAUACAUAUUUUUUUUUUAUAAUACAAUGUUAUGCAAUAAUCUUUAUUGCUUUUUCAACUCAAUUCUCAUACUUCUUUUAGUACCAUAGAUUAAUUAGAUAUAUCUAUAAGUCCUUUUUAUACAAUUGCUUAGAAAUAUUCAGACAUGCAUACAUACAUGAUAAAUAUAAUAUUAUAAUAGACACAUAGUAUAAUAUGUACAAUGUGUUAUUAGUGCUAUUGAAUGCAUUUGGUCGUUGUAACUAGUAACUAAUUAUUUUAUUAAAUUUAUUAAUUGUUCAUUACACUAAUAUUGUAUGCACUUUACAUUAAUUUAGUACUGGUGGAGUUAACAUAUAUUUUUGCAGGACAAUAAAUUUACCAGCGAUAUUCACAUGCGUUAGGUUAUCAAAAUAUCGAUCACCACAUCACAUAUCUGAAAAUUUGAUUCAUAAUCUCUAGCUAUUGAGUAUUUUCAAUAAUCUAUUCACUAUCGUAACUGAUUUUACUAUUAUAAUAGUGCUGAAAUACGAUUUACCAUGUUUAACAAUGUUAUAUUAGUACACUGCUGUGCACUGCGAUACUGCAGGUGAUCUGCCUCUACCUAUAAUAGAAUAUGCAUAGAUUAUUAUAUUUAUAUCUUAUGCGAUACGUAUAUUAUGUAAGCCAUUGUUCAAAUAUUCGUAACAUCAUGUUUCUAAUAAGUCGCUGUAAUACGGAAUUCAUUGUUAAUUAUAUGUAUAUAUAUUACACAACCAAUAAUAAGAUAAGUUUAUUAAUUAUCUGCAAAAGCUGUCUGUCAAACUUGAGCAUUCGUGACUGGUGAAAAUAAAUGAAUUUAAUCAAUUAAAAAAUACAUAUUUAUAUAGUACAUAAUAUAGGUAUGUUCAAUCGUAAAAUAGAGGAUCAAAACAACGAAAUAUUAUGGUUCGAUCACAAAAAAAAAAAAAGAAAAGAAAAAUAUCCCGAAAC